CUCUUUUAUAUUAACAACAAAAUGAAUAGACUGGGAAUAGAAUACGAGGAUGAUGAAAAAGCUGCAUACACAACACAAUUUUGGAUUGGCAUUGGAGUGUCAGUGGUUACCAACUUGGUGCAGGCUUUUGCCAUGGCUUUCCAACGUAAAUCGCACCUUUUGAAUGACAAGAUCUUUCCCAUUGAAGCAAGAAAGCAUUCACUAAAGAGACCCAUGUGGGUCAUUAGCUUUGCUACGUUUCUAACGGCUAAUAUCAUUGGGUCUAUUUUUUCCAUUGGAUAUCUUCCUAUAGUCAUCUUGGCACCUAUCGGAGCUAUGGGCCUUGUAUUUAAUGCAAUUGCCGCUAAAAUCGUUUUGGGUGACCCAUUCUUAAAGAAGACAGUAAUCGGCACAUUUCUAAUUGUUGUGGGUGCUUUACUGGUUGGAUUAUUUGGUGUCAUUCCUGAACCGGACCAUGACAUUGAUGACUUGAUCAGGUUAUACAAGAAGCCAGCUUUUAUUGCCUAUUUCAGUAUUCUGGAGUUUGUGAUUGUGAGCGGAUUAUUUAUUACGCAUUACUGUGAACGGUUAUAUUACAUGAUGGAAUCGACAGCAAUUCAACCUACGAAUAUGGGUAAAUUGGUUGGUAGAUGGGUGAGCAUGGAGGACUUUAAGAAAUACAUCGGAAUCAGUUUUGGCGUACUGUCCGGUAACAUCAGUAGUCAAUCGAUUUUAUUUGCAAAGAGUGGAUUAGAAUUAAUCAUUUUAUCCGUCGUGUUCGAUAAAAACCAAUUGCAAUAUGCUCUGACUUGGAUAUUAUUGGCCAUGAUGAUUCUGACUGCCAUUUUACAGUUGUAUUACCUGAAUAAGGGGUUACAAUUGUGUGAUACUGUAAUCAUGAUACCGUUGUCGUCAUGUACCUUUAAUGUAUCAUGUUUGUUCAACGGUCUUGUUUAUUAUGACCAAUGGGAUAGAUUAAGAUGGUGGCAACUUUCUUUCGUCAUGCUUGGUGUAGCCAUCACUAUCUGUGGCGUUUUGAUGAUUUCUUGGCGUUCCUCCUCCGUCAACAAAUUAGUAGAGGACGAAGUAAAUAUUGUAAAUAACGUUAUUGCUGAUUCAGAAACUACUCGAUUGCUAGGUGAUCGUAAAAAGCCAUCAUUUUAUACUUGAUUUCUCUCUGUAAACAUCUGUCACAUAUAUUAAUAAUUCAUUGUAAAUAAUCCUCACACUUUUUUUUUAAUUCACACAAAUAUAAACAUUUGCCCUAAUCUGGC